UCAAUUUUCAGGUUACACUCUCGGAAUUGAUCUCAAGAUGGUGUCCAAACUUCUCCCCAUCCUCUUUAUAAUUCCAAUUAUCUACGCGAAAAUAGAGAUAGACAUAUCAGCUACAAAUGAGAAGGAGCGAGACGUCCGUAUAGCGGGGAGCUACGUGGAUUUGAUCGAUGAUGUACAGAAGCAGGCCUUCGAAUUGACUGAGGAGAAUUUGAAGAAGUCAAUCUCUUCAUACUUCGGAUGGGCUCCUGACAAUGUUUACUUAAGAAACCCCACUCCUUGGGGUGGAUUAUACAAAUCCCUGAACUGGGAACCCGUGAAGAGGGUCGUUCUACCAAAAAAAGCCACAAUUUUGACCGUGGAAACUAAGCCUGAGUUAAUAAAAAUCAAGAGCUUGAAUAACGAUGACUCAGAAAAGAAGGUUUACAACGAGAAAAUCGAGCAUCAUUUUGAGACAACGGUUUCUUCCACUUGGGAUGAAAAUGCGUUAGAAGGCGAAGACAUUCACUACCAUUUUGACAUGAAGAAACCUGAGGUCACCAAAUACUUCGGUUUUACAGCUAAACUAGGUGAAAACACCUUUAAAACUUUACCGAUCAACAUUGAAAAGGAGUUAAUGAUCACUUUGGAGCCGAAACAGAACGCGAAAAUCGAAGUAUUAGCCACCAAGGAAAUCAUGAAGAUUAGGGUAGACUACGAAACCGGUUUAGUUGGAGCCGUCGCUAUGAACUACGAUAAGGAAUACAAGGGUCACCGUUUCUGGGCGAUGGAUAUCAACACCGUCUUGGAAGCCGGAGGUAUGAGGAAGAAUCUUCAGUCUUCAGAGGUCAUCGAUGUGGUUUACUACAAGGAUGCUAAGGUGCUGGUGAAGGAUGUUGAGACCGGUGACGUCAUUUAUACUACUCCCUUAGAAAUGCACUAAUUUUAAAUUGUAAAUUAUUAUAAUACUGAUCGAAUAAACUAAUUUUAUGAAUGCCCA